GUAGUUCAAUGAGCCUUCGGUUUGAUGGCUAUGGAUUAGGUUGACUCGAAUGUGCACUUGAAUGAUAAAGGAGUAAACGCACCAGGUAACGAGAUAUGCAUAAUGCGUUGACAGAACAUUGCAGUGAACUGCAAAGCAGACCAACAGCGGCUCAUGCGAGUUCUCAUGAUGUCAUAGCCGAGAGAUAGCCCCAUCCUGGUUUGGCAAACGGAACGCACAAGCCCAGGCCCCGUAAACAGAAAGAUCUCACAAACUCACCGAGGGCUAUCGUCACAACCAUCACCAUGGCGUACCGCGCUUUCAACUUCAUCGUCAGCGGCAAGGUGCAAGGCGUGUUCUACAGAGCCUUUGCCAAGGAUGUGGCCCACGACACAGGCGUCGUAGGUUGGGUGGCCAACGAUACGACGGGACAUGUCGUUGGAGAAGCUCAGGGCAGCGAAGGCGCCCUGGAUAGAUUCAAGAAGGUCCUGCACACCGGUCCACCGCGCGCCGACGUGAAGGGUGUGGAGAUAUCAAACGAACCACUGCAGACAAACCGCGUUGUGCGAAGCGCUCACAUGGUACUUACAUUGUAAGGGCGUGUAUAUUUUUAC